GAUUAAUUGGCGUCCGCGUCCGUUAGAAGAAAAUUGUGCAAUGUUUGUCCAGUGUAGAGUAGAAAAAUGAACAUUUUUAGGCCUUCCGAAAAUUCAUCCUUGAAAUGCAAGAUAAAUCAAACUUUUUUGGAAAUUUGGAUUUACAACAAGAUCUUGGGGAUGAAAUUCGAAGUAUGUUUAAGAAAUUGAAACCCCCAAGUCCGUUAUUAGAAGCUUAUUUCUAUGAAAUCGGCAAAGUAUCAAGAGUAUAUUUUGCGCAACUCUCUUGAAGAAAGAAUAAUAGUCUGGUUGAAGACGUCAGGUCAAGAUUUUGGGCUUCAACUUAUUGCCACUGGCAGAAACCGAAGAAAAACACACCGGCAACUUGAAGAACUCGUCGAGUUUGUAGAACUUCUUGGUAAUCAAGAUCAGUCAAUACACUGGAACAUUUCUUAAACAUAUUCUGAAAAUCUUCACCACACACAGUGACAAGCUCUUUCAGCAACGGUCUUAUCCUAGUGAAGCCUUGAAGUUUCAAGACUUUUCCAGGAAUCCUGUGAAAUGGUAACCGAAAUUUUGUUCGAGAUUAAAAAAAAUAAGAAUAAAAGUAACAAGUUGGAGGAAGCUUUUCAUGUAGAUUUUCAGUUCAGCAGAGGUAUAAAAGGUUUAAUUGUAUUCAAGACUUGAAUUUGGUUGGUUAUUAAAGAUAAAAUCAAAUAAAAAAAUCAAUAAAGAUAAAACUGCAUGUAUCCUUGUAAUGUUAUCUUUCUUAACAUUUGGAUUAGUUGAAAUCUUUGUUUAUUUGUGUAACUUUUUUGGCUAGAAUUGAGUCUUAUACUGUAAAUGGGUUGAUUACAUUAAUGUGAAUAUAUGAAGUUUUUGUUUUCCUUGCCAGAUAUUGAUUCACAUUUCCUUCUCCUUUUCCUCAAGUCAACAAACUGAAUUUUGAACCUUCAACUAAUUUACAAACAGUUUCAAUGCAUUUUAUCCUUAUGACUGGCUGACCUGGAAGACGUCCUUCCAUAGUGAGGCAAUAUUUAGUGAUCGGAAGUAGAAUGGGAGAUGAAAAAAAUGAAGUUAAAAUAAUAUAAAAAGGUUUUAUUGAAACAAAAAUUAUUGAAUGAGUAAACUAAAACUUUAUUCAGUUCUCUUGAUUUUCGCAGUUUUCAGUAAAUAUUGUCGAAUUUUUCUUCUGUAAGAACCUUCUACGAAGUAAAAGGAAUAUUUCAAGGAAGAAUGAGUAAAAUCGAUUCAGCCGAUUUUAAUUGUAACGUUAUAACUACUAAUGAAGUACAAUAACAGAACUGAGUCUGCUGCCAUCUCUGGAAACGUCAGCAAAUUAAUUUGAAAGCACGUUAGUUUCCUACGCUGAUAAUUCUGCGCAUAAACUAAAGUGACUUAGUAGCAUAGACUAAGUUAAUCUAUGAUUCUGCGCAAAGACAUAGAUUCUUGAGCGCAUGUCGACUGAUUAAAAGCCGAUUUCAAAUUUGUUUCUCUUUUUAAGUUUUCGUUGUGAAGCAAUAUUGUUGAUGUGUACCUAAAUGCAACAGCAACGAGAAAAAGUGAAAAAAGAGAGGAAAAAUAGCCUGUUCUUAUGCUGCAUUAUUUCCAUAGUUAAACAAAUAUCUCUGAACAAAAGCAGGGCUUGGCAUCCCAGCAACCUGUACCUGUUUCUUUUGGCACAACGAAAAUGUCAGAAAAAAAAGAUGAUGAAUUUUACAAAUACAAUCAUACCAUUGGUUUGGUCACCAACGCAUCGUAUUUAAUCCAAAAUUUGGCCCUUCUCAAUACUGAAGAUUAUUACAAAGCCGACUGUCUGGCAGUUGCUCACGAAGGUCACAUAAAUUAUAUUCCCCUGGUGAACACCCUGAGGAGGUGCAAGUAUGUCCCAAUAUGCGGGGGAUGCGACAGAGGAAAAGGGUUAAUUAAAUGGAUGAAAUGGGUGAAAAUGAACAACGAUACUUACUUCAUAUGUUUAUCGACUAUCGGAAUCCAAUUUUUCGACUUGGAAUUAACGGACGUUCAAUUCGAAUUCGAUUUUAAAGAGCUUAAUGGCAGAUUAUCGUUACCCUUAGGAGCUUGCGUCCUCGAAGAUACGCUCUUCGUAGGCACGGCCAUGGGAAUUAUAGUCAUGUUCAAAAGUACAGAUGAAUGCGUGAAGAUGAUAAAUCACCUUCAGGUAUCAAACUUCUUAUAUCUCGAUGGAGCAAACGACUGCCUUGUGACAGUGAGCAGGGAAGAAAUGAAAACAUACAGACUAGUGGACGGAAAACUAAACCUCAUAUCCAGUUUGAAGGAAAUCCUCUUGUUGUAUAGCGUGCUGAAAAUAUUCAAUGACAACCUUUUCAUCGGCCAUCACACCGGUGAACUCAGCCUCAUGUCAUUUUCCAAUUUGAACAUUAUCAUCAAACAAAAACUUCACGACGGGGAAAUCACCGCUAUCGACUAUUCUAUCAAUAAACAAAUAUUGUUAACCGCGUCCGAAGACUUGCUUCUGAGAGCUUGGAAACUGGACAAAACUCAAAGAAAAGUAGGUGGUUCACACUGAAUCACCAUUAUGUGAAUUUAUUGCCUCAAUAUUUUUUUUUAGUUUGACUCCAUCUUCGAAGUGAAGAACGAAGAUAAACCUUACUGCGGAGUUGGUUUCACGAAUAGAAAUUGCACCGAAUUCUGCUGCGUUAAGUCAAACAGUUUGAUAGUUAAUUUUUAUAUCGAAAAUUCCCAGGAACAAUUUGGUAACGAUAGUUCUGAUGAAGAUUUCGCAAGCGACAUUGAUUUUGUACCUAUUUAACAUGUUUUUCAACAGUUUGAAAUCAAGAAUUUUUAUUACCUUACUUAUAUAAAUUCACAAUUGUAACUUAGGUUUCUUUUUCUUAGGCUUCACUGCAAGUGGUGGAAUCUUGAAUACAGUACUGAAAAAAUAAAAAUUUAUAAAUA